AAUGUUGCCUUUUUACAUGGGAAAUGAUGAAGAAAUAAAUUUUAACGAACAAGGGACUUCCUACCAAAUUUACAACAAUAUUGAGAAUGAUCAACACCAGCAUGGUCUGUCGUCAUUUUUCGAAAUUGAGGAGCAAAAUCUGCAAAGAAAUGGGCUUAUAAUUGAUAUUGACCACAGGCAAUCUACUAGUACUCUUGGAGAAGCUUAUCAAAGUUGUUUGGCAUCAUUUAAAAGUGCUUCGACACACACUUCAAUCUCUAAUCUCAGUUCUUUCACCGAUGCAAAUGUUAUUUCUCGUCAUAAUCAGAUGCUCAAUAAUUCUUCAAAUCGCCAGCUUCAAGUAAAGCGUUAUCGAACAAAAUCUUAUGGAAAAGCAAAAAUUGGAAAACUUGCUCCUGAAUUUACUGCUGAUGCUGUUGUUGAUUCUGACUUUAAGACUAUUUCGUUGUCUGACUACAAAGGCAAAUAUGUUGUGCUUUUCUUUUAUCCACUUGACUUCCAUUUUGAAUGGAUUAAUAAGCCACGUAAGGAGGGAGGACUUGGGGAAAUGAAAAUUCCUGUUCUUUCUGAUCGAAAUAUGAAAAUUGCUCGCGAUUAUGGAGUUCUUAAAGAGGAUGAGGGAAUUGCCUAUCGUGGAUUGUUUAUUAUUGAUCCUAAAGGAAUUCUUCGUCAAAUUACUAUUAAUGACCUUCCUGUUGGACGCUCUGUUGAUGAGACUCUUCGUCUCGUCCAAGCUUUUCAAUAUACUGACAAGCAUGGAGAAGUUUGUCCAGCUAAUUGGAAGCCAGGAAGUGAUACUAUCAAACCAGAUCCUAACAAAAGUAAAGAAUAUUUUGGUAAACAAUAA